CGCUUCAAUUUCUUCCAUGACCAACCUCUUCUCCCUCUGCAAAUGCUUCAUUCUAAGAUAGUUAGGACUCUGUAGGCUUUUGAAGGUAACACUUAUGUCGCUGGAUACAAGGAUGCACGGAAUGUUGCUGAAUUUUGUUCUUGCUUCCUUUGUCUUUUUGAGUUCUAUCAGAGAUGGGAGUGCAGGAAUCACUAGCUCCUUUGUUAGGUCAGAGUGGCCAGCUGUUGACAUUCCCCUCGAUCAUGAAGCAUUUGCAGCUCCCAAGGGUUAUAAUGCACCUCAACAAGUGCACAUCACGCAAGGUGACUAUGAGGGUAAAGCGGUAAUCAUCUCAUGGGUGACCAUGGAUAAACCAGGGUCCAGCACUGUACAAUAUGGCACAGCAGAGAAUAAAUUGCAAGCUAGUGCAGAGGGCACUGUUACAAACUAUACCUUCUAUGAAUACAAGUCCGGCUACAUUCAUCAUUGUCAUAUCGAAGGCCUUGAGCAUGACACUAAAUACUACUAUAGAAUCGGAAGUGGUGAUUCUUCUCGAGAAUUUUGGUUUGAAACACCUCCCAAAGUUGAUCCAGAUACACCCUACAAAUUUGGAAUCAUUGGUGAUUUAGGCCAAACGUUUAAUUCUCUUUCCACACUUGAGCACUAUAUGCAGAGUGGAGCCCAGGCUGUCUUAUAUCUUGGAGAUCUUUCUUAUGCUGAUAGGUAUAAGUACACUGAUGUUGGUAUACGGUGGGAUUCAUGGGGCCGGUUUGUUGAAAAGAGUACAGCAUAUCAGCCAUGGAUGUGGUCUGUUGGAAAUCACGAAGUAGAGUAUAUGCCCUACAUGGGUGAAGUUGAUCCUUUCAAGAACUAUCUUCACCGAUAUACUACCCCUUAUUUGGCCUCCAACAGCAGCAGCCCACUCUGGUAUGCAAUCCGGCGCGCGUCUGCUCAUAUAAUUGUGCUAUCCAGCUAUUCACCAUUUGUGAAGUACACACCUCAAUAUAUAUGGCUUAAAGAAGAGCUGACGCGAGUUGAUAGGGAGAAGACACCUUGGCUCAUUGUGAUCAUGCACGUGCCACUUUACAACAGUAAUGAAGCUCACUUUAUGGAGGGUGAAAGCAUGCGAGCAGUUUUUGAGAGCUGGUUCAUCGAAUACAAAGUUGACGUGAUCUUUGCUGGUCAUGUCCAUGCUUAUGAAAGAUCAUAUCGAUUUUCCAAUGUAGACUACAACAUAACAAGCGGUAAGAGGUAUCCUACACCUGACAAAUCAGCACCUGUUUACAUAACAGUCGGAGAUGGAGGAAAUCAAGAAGGUCUUGCUGCAAGGUUUAGGGAUCCACAGCCAGAAUAUUCUGCAUUUAGAGAAGCAAGCUAUGGACACUCCACACUGGAGAUAAAGAAUAGGACCCAUGCUAUCUACCACUGGAAUCGCAACGAUGACGGCAAGAAAGUGCCAACUGACGCUUUCGUAUUGCAUAACCAGUACUGGGGAAGCAAUCGGAGAAGGAGAAAACUGAAGCACUUUCUAUUGGAAGUUAUUGACGAAGUUGUCGACAUAUAAUGGGGUACUUGAAGCGCACUCAUAUUUGAGGUCGUGAAAAAAUAAAUAGUGUACCCUCUAUUAAUAUAUACCGUUCAAUACUCUCCUAGUGAGCGAAGUGCAGGUACUAUGUACGUGGCUUGUAUGCUUGUAUUCUACGAAGCUAAUAAAUAAGCAUGAUUUUAGCAGGAGAAAAUUUGAGACCAAGAUAUUCGUUAUCAUUAUGUAGAGGGAUGACCAAACUGCGAGCUCAAUCUUUUUGUAUUUCUGAAUUACUGCUUUAUUAUUUGAAGAAAUUUUGGAAGAAUGGAAAAUAAACUUCCAUUCCAAUUGGAAUUUUUAG